CCUCUAUAAACUAGUUUUAUCACAUUUCUUUUCUACAGUAUUUUUUUUUUUUUUUCUAUUCACGCAUAUAUAUAUAUAUAUAUAGAUAUACAGCUGCCUCCAACAUAUAUAGUCAACUGAUGAAAUUAUAAGCAUCAUCAUUAUAGUUUUGUCUCCUUUUUUUCUUUUCCUUUACUUUCUAGCUCCUCCCUUCUUCAUAGAUAGAUCAAGAUGAUGGAGAUUAAUAUAGUAAGAAAAGUGUUCUUGAUCGGAUUCUUGAUCUUGAUUCUGAAUUGGGUAUGGAGAGCUGUGAAUUGGGUUUGGUUAAGGCCAAAGAGACUAGAGAAAUAUCUGAAGAAACAAGGAUUUUCUGGGAAUUCUUAUAGGAUUUUGAUGGGAGAUAUGAGAGAGAGUAAUCAGAUGGAUCAAGUUGCUCACUCUCUUCCUCUUCCUCUCGACGCCGAUUUUCUCCCUCGCAUGAUGCCUUUUCUCCACCACACUGUUCUAAAACAUGGGAAGAAGUGUUUCACAUGGUACGGACCGUACCCGAACGUGAUAGUAAUGGAUCCAGAGACACUACGAGAGAUUAUGUCAAAACACGAACUCUUUCCGAAACCAAAGAUUGGGUCACAUAAUCAUGUUUUUCUCAGUGGUCUUCUCAAUCACGAAGGUCCUAAAUGGUCCAAGCAUCGAAGCAUUCUUAAUCCUGCUUUUCGUAUCGAUAAUUUGAAGAGCAUACUACCAGCAUUCAACUCGAGUUGCAAAGAGAUGUUAGAAGAAUGGGAGAAAUUAGCUUCAGCAAAAGGAACAGUGGAACUUGAUUCAUGGACUCACUGUCAUGACUUAACCAGAAACAUGCUUGCUCGUGCUUCUUUUGGUGAUUCCUACAAAGAUGGUAUCAAGAUCUUCGAAAUCCAACAAGAGCAGAUCGAUCUUGGUCUCCUCGCUAUUCGUGCCGUCUACAUUCCUGGAUCAAAAUUUUUGCCAACAAAGUUCAACAGGAGGUUGAGAGAAACCGAAAGGGACAUGAGGGCUAUGUUUAAAGCUAUGAUUGAGACUAAAGAGGAGGAGAUAAAAAGAGGAAGAGGUACCGACAAAAACAGCGACUGUUGUUCUCCAUGUUGGCUUCGAAUACAAAAACCAUCAAAGAACAAGGACCAGAUUCAGGGCUGAGUCUUGAUGACCUGAUAGAUGACUGUAAGGCUUUCUAUCUAGCUGGUCAAAAUGUCACUUCUUCAUUGUUUGUUUGGACACUUGUUGCU